GAAACGGAUCAAACGGGCACUUUGCCCCCACGAACUACACAAACACAAGCCACCCCGGCACCCCCACCCAAAGCAGCAAGCAAGCAAAUGCCCGUGCACGCUUCCGAUGCGCUCGGCGCGUUCAAAGAGUCAAGCCCCAUCCCGAUCGCCACCAGCGCAGUUACGCUACACCACACCGCACGGAAUCCAGCACCAAACGCCACCAAAUACAUGCACACCCGAAAGCAGCAUCAGAUAUUCCGAUCCGGCAAAAACAAUCCCAGAGACAGAUUAUUUCCCCCACCCCUCCAAUCCCGUCCCAAAAAUCCCAAUCUUUUAAUUCAGAUUUUCCUCCGGCUCCGUCCCUCGGAGCAGUAAUGAGGAGCAGCGGCAGGAGGAAAAGGAGAAAACGAAAAAGCGCCAGGAAAACAACGCUCCAGCGCACAUCGACUCAUCUACUCAUCAAGAAAGGAAGCAAGCGCCUGCGCCGCGAUGUGAGUUAGCAGGCAAAAAUCCGAGGAGGAAAAGUCCGCGAGAAUCCCCGGGCCAGCGGGCCGCACCCCCCAACAGCCGUCAAAAAUCUGAUCUUGACGGACCCUCCCUGAGCUCGUACUGUUCUAGAGGAAGAGAUUGUUAGCUCCCGGCUAAUGAGGAGCCGGCGUGCCUAAUCCGCGUGGUCUUCGCCUGAUAAUCCCGCUUCACCUUUCUUGUUCGGAUUCUUGGAGAAAUUUCUUUCUUUUCCCCCCUCUCUGGAUUGGUUGCUGAGCCGCGCUUGGUGUGGUUGUUUGUGUGUUCGGCUCGAUCGGGAUGGGGGCGUGGGCCGAUUCGCCACCACCACAAGUACGCCACUUUUUUAUUGUCUCCGCAGUGGGAUUUCCCUUUGCGUUGUUGUAGCUAUUCCCGCAAAUCGUUUAGGGCUGGCUAGGCGCCGUGUGUUCUCGCGCACUUCACUCUUCUUUUUCCCCUUUGCCCCGGAUUGAAUCCUCCCCUUCCCCUCCGAGUCCGGCGCCGUUUGAGCUGCCCCGCCGCCGAUUCGGCCGCAAAAUCACGUCUUGGUGUGAGGUAGAUUUGGAGAGGAGGGGCGUUUUCUGCUUGGCCGCUGGCGGGGCUCCGACCAGCCAGUCAUGUCUCAAAUCCAGAGCUUCUCGCGGAACAACUGUGUGCUCCUCGCGGUGCUCUGUGGGAAGCAUGCUGAUAAGCGUGUGCCGGCGAGGGCCGGGCCAGAGGCAAAGCGGCUGCGUCCGUCGUACCCGUUCCCGGAGCUCAGCUCGGCUGGGAGAUUGGAGGUGCACACACUGUUCAAUCCUACACCGGAGCAGUUCCUAGAGGCGCAGCGGGUGGUACAGCCCAAUUUCUUGUACAUCCAGGGGCAGCAGCUCGAGGAUGAGAAGGAGAUCGGUUCACUUGUGUGGGGCGAUGCAGAUGUGUCUGACCCGCAGGCCUUUAGCUCUCUCAUCAGCCCACCAUUCCCCACGAUUGUUUAUCUGGAAGUUCCUAUUGGUGAAAAACUUGCCCAAGCAGUUCAUUCAAAGGGAAUUCCGUACGUAAUAUACUGGAGAAAUUCGUUUUCAUCUUACGCGGCAUCUCAUUUUCGCCAUGCAUUGAUGUCAGUGAUUCAAAGUUCGGUGAGCCAUACAUGGGAUGCUUUUCAGCUUGCUCAUGCAUCCUUCCGGCUAUAUUGUGUGAGAAACAAUCAUGUGCAAAGUGUUAAGCUUGGGCCUCGUCUACUGGGGGAUGCUCCAAAAAUAAAUAUAUGCCCACCAGAGAAUGAGAUGGCCGAAGAAGGUUCUUCUGAAGCGUUCCCAGCUAUAAAAAUAUAUGAUGAAGAAAUCAACAUGAAAUUUCUUCUCUGUGGAGUUCCAUGCACCCUGGACCCUUGUUUAUUGGGCUCUUUGGAAGACGGUCUGAAUGCACUUCUGAAUAUUGAAAUUCGUGGGAGCAAACUGCAGAACCGAGUCAGUGCUUCUCCACCACCUCUUGAAGCUGCGUCGGUACCACGUGGGAUGGUUACAAUGCGUUGUGAUGUCAGUACUUGCAGUUCUUCUCAUGUGUCGCUCCUUGUUUCUGGUAGUGCACAGACUUGUUUUGAUGAUCAGCUUCUAGAGAGUCACAUAAAAAAUGAAAUUAUUGAGAAGAGCCAGCUAGUUCAUACUUUCUCAAAUAGUGAGGAUAAGGUAUCAUCAAGUGAGCCUUUAACCUCCAUGUCCACAGCGUGUGGGGCUUCUACAUUUGAAGUUUGGAUUACCCUUCCUAAGUGGGCAGCACAGGUUCUGAAGCAUCUAGCACCAGAAAUAUCAUAUAGAAGCUUAGUAACGCUUGGAAUUGGUUGUAUAAACGGUACUCCUGUCGCUUCAUUCGAGAGGCAAGAUGCAGACCGCCUUCUUUUCUUUUGCACAAAUCAGCGUAAAGAUUUAGCUACUGAAAAUGGUCCAUAUUUCCAUCUACCGAGAUGGUCUGCCUCCCUUACGAAAGGCAGAACCAAGGUUGGUUCAGAAUCAAAACCAAACGUGAUUGGUGCAAAUGGAGUUUUAGAAGACAAGAAACACCUUAUGGAAGGGCCUUCCUCAUUUCCAUCCUUCAAGUCUAAAUUGAAGCCGGCAACUAUGAGGCCUAUUCCUCAUUCUCGAAAGCAACAAAUGCAUCCUUUUAUGGGUUUCCCCGAAGGCACCAUUCAUGAAGCUAGUCAGAUUAAGCCAAACUUGCCAGUCGCGCCACCUGUGAAGCAUAGUUUAGCAUCUGCUGCCCCAACAACGCAUAGAAAAUCAACAUCAGGGCCGUCCCAUAUGCAAUCAGUCAUUCAAUUGAAUCCUCUGCCAAUGAAGAAACAUGGAUGUGAUAGGUUACCUAUCCAAAUGUGCUCUGAGGAGGACUUCCUGAAGGAUGUCAUGCAGUUUUUAAUUCAGAGGGGCCACAAUCGACUUGUACCUCAUGGAGGACUAGCUGAAUUUCCUGACGCAGUCCUUAAUGCAAAGCGCCUUGAUCUCUAUAACUUGUACAAAGAGGUGGUAUCUAGGGGUGGAUUUUAUGUGGGCAAUGGCAUUAACUGGAAGGGUCAAGUCUUCUCAAAGAUGCGUAACCAUACUGUAACAAAUAGAAUGACUGGUGUUGGGAACACAUUGAAAAGGCAUUAUGAGACGUACUUGCUGGAAUAUGAGUUAGCGCAUGAUGACGUGGAUGGGGAGUGUUGCUUGCUUUGUCACAGUAGUGCACCUGGAGAUUGGGUGAACUGCGGUUUAUGUGGUGAAUGGGCCCACUUUGGUUGCGACAGACGACAAGGACUGGGCACUUUCAAGGAUUAUGCAAAGACAGAUGGAUUGGAAUACAUCUGCCCCCAUUGUAGUCUAGCAAACUACAAGAAGAAGCCGCCCCAGCCCCCGAAAGUAGCUAAUGGUUUUGCAAAUACCGUGUCUGUAUCGCGAAAUGCCUAAUUUUUUCUUUCUUUUUUUUGCUUCUUUGACCCAUGUUCUGGGGAGAAGAAUGUUUAGAGUAGAGAAUAGGCUGAUGGGAAAGAGGGGGAGAGGGCCUUGAAGGUAUGUAGUAUUUGAUCUGUAUCAUCCCAUUAAUUUAGGUGGUUCUGAGUUUUAUAUAGCAUGUAACAACUGACAACACAGAGAAGUUCUUAUAGUAGUUGUUGGCUAGAUGCAGUGUAAGCGCCUGUUUAUAUGAAUUUCUUUGUAUUUCCA